AUGUUUAAAAACUUAAGUGCAAAACAACAGCCAUACAAAAGUAAAGAAACGCUCAAUUUAAGAGUUCAAAAUGGUGACAACAACUUGUUUCAAUACGUGAUGUUCGUGGCUGGUGCAUGUAUGGUGCUAAUUUAUAACAAAAAAAAUCAUAUCAUAUUAUAUUCUGCGGAAACCGUGAGGAGAAUGAAUAUAAUUCUUGUAAAGAAAGUCAUCGUAGUCACAAAGGAGUUAAUACCUUUUGUUACUGGGAUUUUGGUUACGGACGUCCAGAAGGGUUGGAAAAUGAUAACUAAAGUUUUUAUAAAUAUAAAGGCACAUGCUUCGAGUAUAUAUGCCACGUUUAGACAAGAAAACUAUAAACGAGUAAAUAUAGUUUUAGUCGAAAAAUUAAAAGAAUUAGGACAAGAACGGAAAAAUCUAAGUCAACUUCUGAUGGCUGCCAUCCAAGAAAAUAAAAGUAUUAGAAUGCGAUGUCAGUUGGAAAAUUUGGCAAAAAAUAGACUGGCGCGUCACAUCGAGAACACACAGAAGCAAAUAAAAGAAAACAAAACUAGAUAUGUGAAUUUCCAGCAAUUAUAUUUAACAACACAUCAAGAAAAUAUAUUUCUCAAGAGCCGAAUGAAAAAUCUAACACGAGAGAAAGAUGAGGCGGAAAGGAAUCUGAUUAAACUUGUGAAUCAAGUUUGUCAGUCAAAGAACAAUGACCUCAAAGCGUACUGCAGCCGUUUUAUUGUUCGCACCAAAGACAAUCUAUUAAAUUCUGAUGUACGCUCUGAAAUACAACAGUUUCUACAGAAACCGGGACAGUCCAGUGAUAAAAAUUCUGAUGUUGCCAUAAGCCACAAACUCACUGAGUGUCCGAGCAAGAAAUUUGAAUUAGCAGAAAUAUUUCAAAACGACGAAAAUCUAAUCGAUUUAGUUGAAGACGCUCCGAAAUUGCGAGGUUUACCGGGAGAGUGUGUUUGGACAGUUAAAGACAAAGAAGGAAUGAUCGAGAAACUUUAUGAGUACGAAACUGAGUUUGAUAACGGAGAUACAAUCAGAAGAAUAAGACAAUAUUCCGUUUACCACGAUAAGGACUGCUUGUUGGAUUUCUCUAAGUAUAUAUUUAUAAUACUCUCUAUAAAACCAUAA